CAGCCCUCUCAGGCGCUGCAAAGGUUUUUCGUGACAGGAAGAAACAAAUAACCUCGAAAACGUGCGUCUAGCAAUUUAUAAAAAAAAUCUGAUUGUCUUUGUAAAUGUCAGGAGAAAAGGGAGCACUGGAUUGCUGGGAUUUUCAGGUGAACCCGCUGUUCCUUGAGGAACUCAUCAGCCCCUGUCUGAAUGCUAUUUCAUACGAAGAGUGGAUGUCUUUGGAUACCAAUGACAGUGGAUCAGAAGUUGUCGUUCUGCUGUCGGACAUGUGCGGUGCGGUUUUAGGUACUAUUAGCAACUUGAUCCUGGAGAUUGUAGAGCCUCUGGUUAUUACCUCGGGCCACGAUCUUUCAUGUGGCGAUGAUGUAACUGUGCAGGGUGGGUGCAGUAAUUUCAAAGUGAUGGAGGAGAAUAUCGAGGCCUGCUUUGGAAACAGCCUUAAUCAGUAUUUUGUUGAAGCCCUGGACAUAGCAGAGGGAAGCUGCAACACCUUGGAUGAAUUAGUGAGACUGUUUACAGCAGAGGUUACUAAAAAAGUAACCUCAUCACUGGCUCAAGUCACAGGGUCAACUCUUUCCCUGAACACACGUGACUCGCUGAGAGCAGCAUCCACUUUACAAAUGGUCGAUACCGUAGGAAAACUGUUUAAAGAUGUGUUGGAAGGCUGUAAAAUAAUGGAUGAGUCAUGUGAUGAGCUGGCAUCCCCGCCCUGUAACUCCCAGGAGCGUUUUGACUCUGAGGAUGCUGAAAACGUUGAGGAGGACAGCACAGAAAUCUCAGGGUUCAGUUUCUCUUUUUCAGAGAUGCCAGAACUGGAUAAUUUAAUGCCUGUGUCAGUGCCACAGAAUUAUGAUGACUCACAAUCAAAUGAUGUCAAAAGUCCCACAGAGUUAAAUACUAUUUCAUCAGAUCCGCCACCUCCUGAUUACAACAAGACCGUUCUCACUGUGAUUCUUGUGAAGUUAGUUGACCACAUUACUUCUGAAACCGGAGCAUCCUUAGAAGGCGUGAAUCUCGAUGAGUUAGUGUCUUGUGUAACAUGGUGUACUAGGGGCAUGCUGGAUCUUGCUCCCCUAAGAAGUGUUGACAAUCUGCACAUCUCCAUUUACAAAAGUCUGUGCCAGAAAUUUAGAUCCAAAUACGUGCUGCAGGCUGCCAUGGUAUCACAUAAUUGUGCAUUUGAGUUUGCUGUUAUAAUGACUUUAUUGUCACACCUCGAAAAGUACAUGACCUCUAAGAAUAUAUGGAAUUUAUGGAAGCCUUUCAAGCCCGGGAACCUUUCUGCUGUGAUUGAGAGUCAAACACCAGAACCUCACAGAGAAGAAAGGAGCACACAAACAACGCCCUCACCUCCAAAAAGAUCACUGUGCAGCACCCUCAGGAAGAAGUUUUCACGCUGGGCUUCUAAUGUUGUGAAUUUUUUUAAGAGGUCUGGACAGUGAAAUUCACAGACUUGUGUAGUUGUUUGUGUGACCAAAAAUGUUGUUUCUCUGUGGCAUGAUGGUGUAGUUGAAGAAAUCCUUCGCCGACAGUCUUAAUGUAUAACAUAAAGUUUAUUUACAAAAAAGACAAUGUCAAAACUGAUGCUUUGUAAAGCCAUCAGGGACAGGGAAUUCCAAUCGCCCUAACUCCACUAAACAAAGAAGAGACAAAGGUUAUAUACCAUAAUGUUGGCAAACCCCCACAUCCUGCCUUUCCAUAUAUGGUUAUGAAAACAGCUUCAGCCUCCUAUCCUAUAGUAGACAUCUGGACAAUCCCUUAUAUGGCAGGCUAGAGAGCCUACAAGGACAUUCUAUGCAUUCUUUCUGUGGGGGAAGUUUAAAUCACAUUUCCUUUGCAUGAGCCCUUAAGGAAGAAGAGACAAUACAUGUAUACAUAGAGUUUUAGCAUAGCAGUACAGACACUACAUAAAGUAUUUUCUGAAAAACCAGGUAUAGCUUGUUUCCUGCAUGUAUGUGAGGUCAUUCCCUUUUAGAGAAAGCAACAAGAGGUUACACUCUCAUACCAUUUACUGAUCAAAGCAGCCCUGAACUCAAGGCCAUCAUCCUAAAGGAGAAAACCUAUACAUAGAUGCAGUUUAACACAGCAGUUUAACACAAAGAUCGAUCAGACACCACACUUGACUUUACAGUCACCCCCCCCCAACCAGUCACGGCAGAUGACCCCCCCUCCCUGAGCCUGGUUCUGCUGGAGGUUUCUUUCUGUUAAAAGGGAGUUUUUCCUUCCCACUGUU